AUGGCCAGCCUGACUGACUUCGUCGAUCUCUCCGCUCCGUCCCUGGCCGCGUCCGCCGCGACGAUUGCCUUUAACCCUAUUUUCUGGAAAGGAUGCUACGCUCUUGCGUUCACCAUUUUCUCUCUGGGAAUCUUCCGUGAUCAUGUCUACCAGGUUGCCCUCGCAGACCAGCCCUUCUACGCCCCGGUGCACCAGCCCAUCGUCGGCGGCAUCCUCUUCGCCAUCGGCUCCGUCCUCGUUCUCUCCAGCAUGUGGGCGCUUGGUGUGACCGGUACCUAUCUGGGUGACUACUUUGGCAUUCUCAUGGACGCCCCCGUUACUGGCUUCCCGUUCAACGUCACCGGCUCGCCCAUGUACUGGGGCAGCACCCUCAACUUCCUCGGAGUCGCCUUGUACCAAGGCAAGGUCGCCGGCAUCCUCCUGACCGCUCAGGUCUUCGUGCUCUACUGGUUCGCCCUCAAGUGGGAGGACCCCUUCACUGCCGAGAUCUACGCCAAGCGCGAGCGCGAGCGCGCGAAGAAGCAGGGCGGCAAGAAGCAGUAA